AUUCCGAUCUCAUACAAUCUGAUACAAAUAAGGAAACAAUGUUGCAUCGGUUGUGAAAUUUUAAAGGGACCGUCUCCAAUAAGUUGCGUUCUCCUAGCUCCGCCCCCCUCCUGCACACAAUAUGAAGGUUCAGGAACAGGAGAAGGCGGCAUUGUGUGGGACAUCCUCCCAGGGAUACAAUUGGGGACGGCGGUGACCUUUCCCCCACAUGUGACGAUCACUCUGAGCUGCGCUGCGCCUGCAGCCCUCCCCGUGGCUCUGGAGGUGUGAGCUGUGCCGAGGACAGAGAUUGGUUGGGGAUCGGCGAGGAGGGACGGUCCGGAGUACAGAUUGGUGAGAGGCGGCCCGGCUGCAUGGCUGACCUCCCAGGAAACAGCUGAAGGCUCCAAAACAUCCAACUUUCCUCCAGUGCUGGAGACCGAGGAGAUGGAGCCGAGCCGGGACGGCGAUCGUCCAAUGUGGAGCGAUUGUAUCGCCGCGUAUCCGCUGUGACCCGCUCCUCGCCAUCGCAUGGAAUGUUGUCCCUCGCUGUAGUGUUUAUAUUUGGGGUUUUAUGAAACCUUACAGAAGCAUGACCACCCCGCCGCCCCCCCCGGCCAUCCACAUCUCCCCGCCGGUGGACUUCGUGUUGGGGGCCUCGGCGUGCUGCAUGGCGUGCGUUUUCACCAAUCCCCUGGAAGUGGUGAAGACACGGCUGCAGCUGCAAGGGGAGCUGAGGUCCCGGGGGACGUACACGCGGCACUACCGGGGGGUGGUGCAGGCCAUGGUGGCCGUGUGUCAGGCGGACGGAGUGCGGGGACUGCAGAAGGGACUGACGGCCGGACUUCUGUACCAAGGAAUGAUGAACGGAGUUCGCUUCUACCUCUAUUCACACGCCGAAGACGUGGGGCUGACCCAGCAACCGGGGGGCAAUGUGGCCGCAGGGGCAAUCGCUGGAGCGAUGGGGGCACUUGUCGGGAGUCCAGCAUAUCUGGUGAAGACUCAUCUUCAGGCGCAGUCUGUGGCCGCGUUCGCCGUUGGACAUCAGCACAAUCAUCAG